UGGACCUGGUGCUAGAUACCUUGUCAACAACACAAGAUUUUGGAGGGAGCACAGUGCAAAAUUGCAUGGAUAGGCUACUGCCGUUGGAAAAUGCACUCAAUGAGUUUGCGGCAAAAGUAGCUCAAACAAGGACUGCGGUCAAUGAAGUAUUGGCCUCUGACGUGAGUUAGGCACACUGGCAAACUUUCUGCUGUCGCGGAUUCCCUACGCGAGUUCUUACGAUCUAUAUACGACUAACGCUUCUCCUGCUCGCUCCCCUCUGUUACGUACUUAUCCAAAUCUGUUGUUUACUGGCGUAUUCCACCUACUUCAUCAUCUGCAUUUGGCUUUAUUGUGAAUUGAAUACCGUAGGAAGAUAUGAGCUUGAUGUAUCUCAGUACUUUCAAGAACACUGGCCAUCGGCGGAGAGUGGACGAACAUGACGAGAUGGAAAUGAUGCUUGAGAACUACGUCAAGCAAAUUGAAACUGUACACGGAGAGGUAACAUCGGCUCUACAAGCGAUCAAAGCCACAGAGAACGCGACUCAAAUUCGACUGGAUGCGAUGCGGAAUCGCGUCCUAAGACUCGACAUUUUUCUGAACCUUGGAGCAGUGAGCGUUGGAGUUGGCGGGCUGGUGGCGGGAUUCUUCGGUAUGAACCUUCUAAGCGGAAUAGAAGAAGAUCCUGGCGCCUUUUGGAUUGUGUGUGGUUUGGCAUCUGCAACCUCAUAUCUGUGCUUUCGUGGGACGCUCACUUAUUUGAGGUAUAAGCGAAUUUUUCAAUGAAGGCUGUGAAGGCUGAUGGAGUUAAUCAUGGUAUACAUAUACAGCUGCACGGACGGGCAGAGGUCCUGGGCGAGCAGCUGGAACCAGUAUGAAAAAAAAAACAGUGUUCAUCCUAUCGGGUGUGAUGCGGCAGAGAGAGGGAACUGCAAAUUUUGCAGGCAGAAGCGAUGAUUGCGACUUCUGGUCGCUUCGAUCUACAACCUUCAAGUAUCUGGCCGUCAUCCCCAUAACUCACAUCAUGAGAACUGUACGCGUUCAUCGCAGCCAUGAAGAACACCCGCACGGCAAGACGCAUGUAUGUAGUCUGCAUGGAUGGUUUGGCAUUGCGCUUGACAAGCUCAUAAGUUGCGCAUAUACAAUAGUACGUUUAGAGCGGUAUGCGGCAAAUGCGGUCGUGACAAAAGCAAGUGUAUAG